CCUGUCCAACAGACAACACUAUAUAAAAGUGUAGCUAGCUACACGACAGGUGUGUUUACCGCGUAGGUUACAAGGUGGCGAGCCGAGAAUUUCACCAGAAGUUGUGGUUGUAAUUUUUGGAUUACCAUGCGCGUAGAGGAGUUAAUUCAUUGAGAUGUACAUUAGUUACCUGCUGGAUAAAGAAACCGGAAUGUACUCAAAUUCCAUGAGACACCCGACUCAAACUCUGAACAGUCAGAACUUCAUGCAAUAUGCGGGGUUCACCAGUUAUCAUCACGUCACGGGCAUCAGUGACCCUCAUGCCCAGAAGACAAGUCUGUGGAACCCCGUUUACGAAGCCCCGCGAGAGCUGUGGUCACCUUAUGGCCACAGCGCGGGCUUCCCCGGUUCGAGCCCCGUCAUGGAACAGAUACGGUUCAGUUCUCCCGAACUGACUACCAUCCCGCCUGCGGGGCCGGGAACUCUCCCAUCACUCGACUCACCUACCGGGCAGUACUCUCCAGACUCACAGAGAAGAAACUCCUACACUGGCUUUAGACGCAAUGUACAUUCAUCCAGUACAGGUAACAUUCCCAAAUCCCAGUUUCUUUUAGUAUAUCUUAAACAACAAACCACAUACGGUUUGAUUUUACUUACCCUUUUAAUAAUAAUAUAGACUAGUUGUAGUUUUAACACAAAUUUACCAUUUUAAUUUACCAUUUGAUUGAGCAUUUAUCUCUGAUGACCUACAUUUCAUAAUCUUACUAUGACAAUUUUAUAAUCUUACUAUGACAAUAUUGGGGCUAACAGGUGCUUCUGGAACCAGCCCUAGGUAAAAUUCGUUUUCUAUAGGAUAUUCGGUUUUCUCUCGUCAAUAGCUAUUGAACCAUGAAUGCCAUGACUAUGAAGAUGGCAUAUACUGAAUCAGGGGUGGAUGGAGAAAAAUAAAUACAGUACCAGUCAAAAGUUUGGACACACCUACUCAUAUCAGGGUUUUUCUUUAUUUUUUAUUAUUUUAUACAUUGUAGAAUAAUAGUGAAGACAUACAAACCAUGAAAUAACACAUAUGGAAUCAUGUAGUAACCAAAAAAGUGUUUAAAAAAUCUAAAUAUAUUUUAUAUUUGAGAUUCUUCAAAGUAGCCACUGUUUGCCUUGAUGACAGCUUUGCACACUCUUGGCAUUCUCUCAACCAGCUUCAUGAGGUAGUCACCUGGAAAGCAGGUGUGCCUUGUUAAAAGUUAAUUUGUGGAAUUUCUUUCCUUCUUAUUGCAUUUGAGCCAAUCAGUUGUGUUGUGACAAGGUAGGGGUGGUAUACAGAAGAUAGCCCUAUUUGGUAAAAUACCAAGUCCAUAUUAUGGCAAAAACCAUCAAGCGCUAUGAUGAAACUGUCUUUCAUGAGGACCGCCACAGGAAGAAAGACCCAGAGUUACCUCUGCUGCAGAGGAUAAGUUCAUUAGAGUUACCAGACUCAGACAUUGCAGCCCAAAUAAAUGCUUCACAGAGUUCAAGUAACAGACACAUCUCAAAAUCAACUGUUCAGAGGAGACUGCGUGAAUCAGGCCUUCAUGGUCGAAUUGCUGCAAAGAAACCACUACUAAAGGACACCAAUAAGAAGGAGAGACUUGCUUGGGCCAAGAAACACGAUCAAUCUGUCCUUUGGUCUGAUGAGUCCAAAUUUGAGAUUUUUGGUUCUAACCGCCAUGUCUUUGUGAGACGCAGAGUAGGUGAACGGAUGAUCUCUGCAUGUGUGGUUCCCACCGUGAAGCAUGGAGGAGGAGGUGUGAUGGUGUGUGGGUGCUUUGCUGCUGACACUGUCUGUGAUAUAUUUAGAAUUCAAGGCACACUUAACCAGAAUGGAUACCACAGCAUUCUGCAGCGAUACUCCAUCCCGUCUGGUUUGUGCUUAGUGGGACUAUCAUUUGUUUUUCAACAGGACAAUGACCCAACACACCUCCAGGCUGCGUAAGGGCUAUUUGACCAAGAAGGAGAGUGAUGGAGUGCUGCAUCAGAUGACCUGGCCUCCACAAUCAACUGACCUCAACCCAAUUGAGAUGGUUUGGGAUGAGUUGGACCGCAGAGUGAAACAAAAGCAGCCAACAAGUGCUCAGCAUACGUGGGAACUCCUUCAAGACUGUUAGAAAAGCAUUCCAGGUGAAGAUGGUUGAGAGAAUGCCAUCAAUGUGCAAAGCUGUCAUCAAGGCAAAGGUUGGCUAUUUGAAGAAUAUAAAAUAUAAAAUAUAUUUUUAUUUGUUUAACACUUUUUUUUGUUACUACAUGAUUCCACAUGUGUUAUUUCAUAGUUUUGAUGUCUUCACUAUUAUUCUACAAUGUAGAAAAUAGUAAAAAUAAAGAGAAACCCUUGAAUGAGUAGGUGUGUCCAAACUUUUGACUGGUAGUGUAUGAUACCUACUGUCACGAGCUGAUGUGGAUGUGGUGUUGGAGUCAGGCGCAGGACACAGAAGCUUAGUCCAACAGACUUUACUUGUCAAAACACGACAAUACAAAAUAACGGGCCUCAACACAACGGAGGCGAGCGAUUACGCAUACUGUGCGUAAAUACACAAAAUACAAGUGAUUACGCAAACAGUGCGUCAAUACACUAAAUACACGAGAGCAAAUACAAAUCACCAACGGACAGGCGGACAACAACACACAACUACAAACAAAACCAAAGGAAACUUAUAGGUGACAUAAUCAAUACGUGAUAUGGAACAGGUGCACUAAUCAGACAAAACCAAACAAACAUAGAGAACAUCAAACGGUAGCAGCUAGUACACCGGAGACGACGAACGCCGAAGCCUGCCCGAACAAGGAGGAGGAGCAGUCUCGGCGGAAUUCGUGACAGUAUCCUCCCCUUGACGCGCGGCUCCAGCCGUGCGCCGACUCCGGCCUCGGGGACGGCCAGGAGGACGUGGAGCAGGGCGCGUAGGAUGACUACGGUGGAACUCAGUCAGGAGGGAUGGAUCUAAAAUGUCCCACCUAGGCACCCAGCACCGUUCCUCCGGACCGUACCCCUCCCACUCCACGAGAUAUUGUAGACCCCCCAUCCGACGUCUCGAAUCCACGAUAGACCGGACUAAGUACGCCGGAGCCCCCUCGAUGUCCAGUGGGGGCGGAGGGGUCUCUCUUAUCUCACUCUCCUGGAGUGGACCAGCUACCACCGACCUGAGGAGAGACACAUGGAACGAGGGGUUAAUGUGAUAGUCAUUAGGCAGUUGCAACUUGUAACACACCUCGUUCAAUCUCCUCAGGACUUUAAAUGGCCCCACAAACCGCCGGCCAAGCUUCCGGCAGGGCAGGCGAAGGGGCAGGUUUCGAGUCGAGAGCCAGACUCGAUGUCCAGGGGCGUAGACUGGACCCUCACUGCGGUGGAGAUCGGCACUCGCCUUCUGCCUGCGGAUGGCCCACUGCAGAUGUACGUGUGCAGCGUUCCACGUUUCUUCCGAGCGCCGAAACCACUCAUCCACCGCAGGAGCCUCGAUCUGGCUCUGAUGCCAUGGUGCCAGAACCGGCUGAUAACCUAACACACACUGAAAAGGGGUCAGGUUAGUAGAGGAGUGGCGAAGAGAGUUCUGAGCCAUCUCUGCCCAGGGGAUGUACCCCAACCACUCCUCCGGCCGGCCCUGGCAAUAGGAUCUCAGAAACCUACCCACAUCCUGGUUUACUCUCUCCACCUGCCCAUUACUCUCAGGGUGGUAACCCGAGGUAAGGCUAACCGAGACCCCCAAGCGUUCCAUGAACGCCCUCCAGACUCUAGAGGUGAAUUGGGGACCCCGAUCAGACACUAUAUCCUCGGGAACCCCGUAUUGCCGGAAGACGUGGGUGAACAAAGCCUCAGCGGUCUGUAGGGCAGUAGGGAGACCCGGCAUAGGAAUGAGACGACAGGCCUUAGAGAACCGAUCCACAAUGACCAGAAUAGUGGUAUUCCCCUGAGAGGGGGGAAGGUCCGUAACAAAGUCCACCGAGAGGUGAGACCACGGCCGUUGUGGAACGGGCAGGGGUUGUAACUUCCCCCUGGGCAGGUGUCUAGGCGCCUUACACUGAGCGCACACCGAGCAGGAGGAGACAUAAACCCUCACGUCCCUAGCCAAUGUUGGCCACCAGUACUUAACACUAAGGCAGUGCACUGUCCGGCCAAUACCUGGAUGUCCAGAGGAGGGUGACGUAUGAGCCCAAUAGAUAAGACGAUCACGGACCUCGAGCGGCACGUAUGUCCGACCCACUGGACACUCUGGGGGAGUAGGGUCGGUGCGUAACGCCCGCUCAAUUUCCGCAUCGACCUCCCAUACCACCGGUGCCACCAGACAAGACUCCGGCAGUAUGGGAGUGGGCUCAAUGGACCUCUCCUCUGUGUCAUACCGCCGGGACAGGGCGUCUGCCUUACCGUUCUGGGACCCUGGGAUGUAAGUGAUCUUAAAAACGAACCGGGUCAGGAACAUGUUCCACCUAGCCUGACGAGGGUUCAAUCUCCUAGCUGCCCGGAUGUAAUCCAGGUUACGAUGGUCAGUCAGAAUGAGAAAAGGGUGUUGAGCCCCCUCAAGCCAAUGCCUCCACACCUUUAGGGCUUGAACCACGGCUAACAGCUCCCUGUCCCCUACGUCAUAAUUACGCUCCGCCGGACUGAGCUUUUUAGAAUAAAAAGCGCAGGGACGGAGCUUAGGAGGCAUGCCGGAGCGUUGCGACAGUACUGUCCCAAUACCGGCCUCUGACGCGUCCACCUCUACCUGGAACGCUAAAGUGGGGUCCGGGUGCGCCAGCACCGGAGCCGAAGUGAACAGGUCCUUCAGUUUACAAAACGCCCUGUCCGCUUCAGCCGACCACUGCAAACGCACCGGGCCCCCCUUCAGCAGGGAAGUAAUGGGAGCUGCUACCUGUCCAAAACCCCGGAUAAACCUCCGGUAGUAAUUGGCAAAACCCAAAAACUGCUGCACCUCUUUAACAGUGGUUGGGGUUUGCCAGUUACGCACGGCUGACACCCGGUCAACCUCCAUCUUCACCCCUGACGCGGACAACCGAUGACCCAAGAAGGAGAUGGACUCCUGGAAAAACAGACAUUUCUCUGCCUUGACAUACAGGUCAUGCUCCAACAGCCUACCCAACACUCGGCGCACCAGGGCUACAUGCUUGGCUCGGGUAGCAGAGUACACUAGGAUGUCGUCAAUGUACACUACCACUCCCUGCUCAUGCAGGUCCCGGAAGAUCUCGUCUACAAAUGAUUGGAAGACUGAAGGAGCAUUCAUUAACCCGUAUGGCAUGACAAGAUACUCAUAAUGACCUGAGGUGGUACUAAAUGCCGUCUUCCAUUCAUCUCCCUCCCUAAUGCGCACCAAGUUAUAAGCGCUCCUGAGAUGCAGUUUUGUGAAGAAACGCGCUCCGCGUAAUGAUUCAGUCAUACUCGCAAUCAGAGGUAGAGGGUAACUGUAUUUCACAGUGAUCUGAUUGAGACUACGAUAAUCAAUACACGGGUGCAAACCUCCAUCCUUUUUCUUCACAAAAAAGAAACUCGAGGACGCAGGGGAAGUGGAGGGCCGUAUGUAUCCCUGUCUCAGGGACUCAGCUAUGUAUGUUUCCAUAGCCGCCGUCUCCUCUUGAGACAGAGGAUACACAUGGCUCCGCGGAAGUGCCGCACCUGUCUGGAGGUUUAUCUCCCUGUCUAUGAGGUGGCAAUCGCGUCGCCCUCGUCUUGCUGAACACGAGUGCCAAAUCCUCAUACUCAGGAGGAAUGUGCAUUGCGGGCACUUGGUUCGGACUCUCCACCGUGGUCGCCCCAACGGAAACACCUAAACAUCGCCCAACACACUGGCCAGACCAUUCCUUGAGAGCCCUCUGUUGCCACGAAAUGGUGGGGUCAUGGGUGAUUAACCAAGGAAGCCCCAGCACCACGGGAUAUGCAGGAGAGUAAAUUAGGUACAACUGAAUAAUCUCCUCAUGACGAAAACUGCCCUGAAGCGGCGGGAAAAACUCUGCGUAGCUGAUGGUGGCGGCGUCUAUUCCCCUCCAUUCGGCUUUGGCCCACUCCAACGCCUUGCCGGAGAGACAGGAGAUGAGGGCGGAAACACUCUUGUAUCCCGAGGGCGCCGGGUGUAUGGUGGCCAGGUAGAGUUCCACCUGAAGGAGGAACCCCUGACACCCGGCUGCGGUGCCAUCAUACGCCCUCGGGAGCGAGAGCCGAAUCCCACUGGAUUCCGGAGCUGGUCUGGUGGGGCUGGCCGAUGGUGGUGGUAAUGUAGGAGGAGGUGUGGGCACGCCACCCCUUUCCCAUCGGCGCAGGGUGUUCAUUACCUCCUGCAUGGCAGAGCCGAGUUGCUGGAUCCUGGCGUCCUGGCAGCUGACCCGAUCCUCCAGCGACUCGGUCGCCGCCGCUGCUCCUGCUAACUCCAUAGUAUGGUGUGUUGUUCUGUCACGAGCUGAUGUGGAUGUGGUGUUGGAGUCAGGCGCAGGACACAGAAGCUUAGUCCAACAGACUUUACUUGUCAAAACACGACAAUACAAAAUAACGGGCCUCAACACAACGAAGGCGAGCGAUUACGCAUACUGUGCGUAAAUACACAAAAUACAAGUGAUUACGCAAACAGUGCGUCAAUACACUAAAUACACGAGAGCAAAGACAAAUCACCAACGGACAGGCGGACAACAACAAACAACUACAAACAAAACCAAAGGAAACUUAUAGGUGACAUAAUCAAUACGUGAUAUGGAACAGGUGCACUAAUCAGACAAAACCAAACAAACAUAGAGAACAUCAAACGGUAGCAGCUAGUACUCCGGAGACGACGAACGCCGAAGCCUGCCCGAACAAGGAGGAGGAGCAGUCUCGGCGGAAUUCGUGACACCUCCUAAUGGUCUAGUUACUUGAGACAGAAACAAAAGUAGAGAGGUUGGUCGGGGAGGAUGGUGGGCAUAAUCUAGCCAUCCAACGGUUCCAGUCGGGUCCGGGACAACUGUAGCAUUUUUGCUAACCUUCCCUUAACCCUUAUUUUAAACAUAACCCAAUUCACCUAACCUGCUAUGUAAAUUCACCUUACCUUUGUCAGUUUAGUUCUCCUAACUUUUGUUGUUAGUUCCCCAAACCCCCAAUGCAAAUUGUUCCUGUCAUUUUAAUUUGAUGUUAAGCAAUAUGGUCUCAAAUAAAGACGUGCAAUACUAUAUGUCCUCCAAGAUGUAUGAUAAGUCACAUCCUCCAAUUCGUAUGCUAUUGUAUGACCGGUUAAGAUGGAUGAUACUAUACAUUCUCUAAUUCAUAUGAUAUUGUACAACCACUAUUCCAUUCAUAAUGUAACCUAACGUAAUGUAAUAUCAUACUAAAUAGAGUGUCACAGAUUUGUGUACAGAAUAAUAUGAAUUGCCCUGAGACCACGUUGCAUGCAAAGGUUUCCACAGUUGAUAAGAAAUUGUUCCACUGAACUCAUAGAGCAACGUAAACACAAUGCAAACAUCAUAUUACAAUGUAAUAAUUUAAUAAUCUGCAUGAUGCCAAUAGACACAGUCAACUUGACCAGGCCUAUUAUUUCCUUAAUAAAAUGUGUUUAUUUUGUAACAGCAUUUCAUUUACAAAGGAAAUCCUCUGAUACAGUAGUCUACCGAUCGUUGAACAGCCCUAAAACAGUAUGUUGAUUUACCAACUUCUCAGAGAGUAGAACACCUAUUAGACAAAUAGCAUUUGUGUUGAUCCGAUGUCAGUACUCAAUGGCAGACGUCAGGUUUUGAGUUUUGACUUGGUGUACAGGACACAGGACAAGCAUUGGUGACACACUGACAACAUAAUACAUAUUCAUACACGUCCCAGAACCAUUACAAAACGUCACACACACACAUCCAUCAAACAAAACCUUUUCACCUAUCCCUUUGGUUGGUGAAAGAUUUGAGUGAAAAGCUAACAGCCGAGGACAGGGAGUCUGUGACCUGUGGUUCCCCACCCUCUCUGUCCACUGUGGGGGUGACAGGCUGGGCAGAUAAGGCUGACAGCCAGGGGUUUGGCUGGUUGUCUCAGGACAGGACCAACCCUCCUCUCCAGGAAACUUCCCUGGUCUUAUCUCAACCCACCUCGCCCUGUUGCGAUCAAUAUACAGUCACACCGUGCCGUCAAGACUUCCCCUGUGGAUCAAUACCAUCUCCCUGACUCAUCCAUCCCUGGCGCUGUGUGUGUUUGGUGGGAUGUGUGUGUGUGUGUGUACGCACGCAAGUGUGAAUGAAUGGCUACCUAUGUAAACACCUAUGUAAACAGUUCUCACAGUGAUAAGAACCACAAUAGUAAUGUCUUAUGGUCUCUUACACAGUGGUUAUGAUUAACAUGAUUAAUAGGGUAGUUGAGGCUUUCACGGGCGCCAGGGAGUUUUCAACCAUCCCGGUGUUACUCCAUGUCACCAUCAGCAAUUUCAGCAGUCUAUGGUGACACUGUUCACACAUUGUACAGCCUGAGUCAUGGAAACAUAUUCACAUUGUUAUUGGAGGCUUUGUGCUUAGCUAGACAUGUUAUGGAUGUUUUUGCCAAUUCCUUCCAGAGUUGUCAUACAGUUUUUGUAUUUCUCAUCACCUCAUACUAUAUAAAUGUAACCCAACCUCUUAAACGUUAAGUUAUUUAGGUGACUUUUGUUAUAAUGUAAUUGUUUUAUCAAGGCAUAUCAAGGUAAUUUGCUUAUAAAUCAACUUCUGGCUGACAGCCCCGCUUCCCUGCUUCAAUGCAGUAGGCCUUGGAUGGCUCUGGGAAAUGGGGUUACAUAUCAAAAGCCAUUUGAGGGUCGGGAGUCCCGCCUUAACGUUCAUUCGCUGAUUGGACUGUCCGUCAAUUUGUGGCAAAACAAUAUAUCACAGUGCUGUAGUCCCAUCGUUCUGCAACAAACAGACAUCGAUUUAUAUUGAAGUAAAAACAACUUGAUGUGAAACAAAACCACUUUGUGUUCAUCACAGAGGGACAAACUUUAGAUUAGAUGUAAACUGAGAUCUUGACGAAUAUGUAGAGUUGUUGGCCAACUCUGUGGUACAUUCACAGGGGGAAGGAGAACAAUGAAUGAUAGCAGUGUACCAGGAAAUGAGUUGGAUUUUCCCUGACCACUACAGUAGUUAUGUAAAAAAAAGAUUACAGUAAAAAUCUGAAAUCUUAUAUCAUGUCAAUUGUAAAGUUGAUUGUGAGUAUAUGUAGAUUAGAAAAAAAUCAAGCCCUAUUUCUCACAAAUAGGUUGUUCAUAGCAUAUGAAAUAAAACAUAUAUGAUGUACUAUUUUUCAUACUACUAUUUUUUCAUACUACUAUGGCAGUAAAAAUGGCAUACAAAUCAUAGAUAAAUAAUAAAUACUAAACAAAAAGCAAAAUAUCAGGGCUUUCAUAACAGUAUAGGCCAGGGUAUUACUACGUACUGCUGUUUUAUACGGGCAGCCACUUAACAUUAAAGUUCAACAGCUUUUAAAUGUUAUCAUCAGUUAUUAUAAUGUAUUGUUGUGUUGUUGUAACAUUGUCAUUCUUGUGUCCAGGAGGGAAGACGCGCACCAAGGACAAGUACAGGGUGGUGUACACAGACCAGCAACGCCUAGAGCUGGAGAAGGAGUUCCAGUCCAGUAUAUACAUCACCAUCAGGAGGAAGACAGAGCUGGCCCUGGGCCUCACCCUCUCAGAGAGACAGGUGGGUCAGAGAGACAGAACUGGCCCUGGGCCUCAGCCUCUCAGAGAGACAGGUGGGUCAGAGAGACAGAGCUGGCCCUGGGCCUCAGCCUCUCAGAGAGACAGGUGGGUCAGAGAGACAGAGCUGGCCCUGGGCCUCAGCCUCUCAGAGAGACAGGUGGGUCAGAGAGACAGAACUGGCCCUGGGCCUCAGCCUCUCAGAGAGACAGGUGGGUCAGAGAGACAGAAGACAGGUGUGUGUUAGAGAGACAGUUGGAGAGCUGUAGAAUAAGUUCCAGUACAGAGCUGGCCCUGAGACAGCCUCUCAGAGAGACAGGUAGAUGGCAGAGAGACAGACAGGCUUGUGAGAGAGACAGGUGUGUCAAAGAGACAGAUGAGAACAACAGGCAAGUCUCUGAGAGCCAUGUGGGUCAAUGAGGAUCAAUUAUUUAGAAUCCAAUCAGUUUCAGAAUUUCUUGUUUGGGUCGCAGGGGAGUUUCAGAACUACAGGUGGAUUAUCUGUGCAUAGACACAUCACCUCACACUGUAGGUACAUUCUCAUCAUUCUCUGACAUCAUCGCAGGUGAAGAUCUGGUUCCAGAACAGGAGAGCCAAGGAGAGGAAGAUAACCAAAAACAAGAUCCAGCUGUCCCAGCAGGCUUCUACGACCACUCCCACCCUGACCCUGACCCCGCCCAGCCUGGUUGACCCCAGUAACGGUUCCAUGGCAACCAGCUCCAGCAGCAGCUUGUUGUCAGAGACUAUCAAAGAGGAGUACUGA